ACAACCUGCAAAUGAAAAGUGAGUUGUUUACAGAUCUGAGCCAGGGCUGAUAAAUAUGGAGGAUCGAUACACGUGGUCGGGAAUUUGUUUUAAGAGCUGGCAGGCAAAUAAUAUUCAAAUUUAGCACCAACAGGACAAGGGAAGAAUGGCGGGCGAGCGCCCAAGGCGAAGAAUAACUCAGCCUUGCUUGGUAUGUAUGUAGCAUAAAGUGCUAUGUCACGACUUGUUCUUCAAAGACACCGCGUUAUAAAUUUAUCGCCUUCUCGAGCUUGAUCGUGCCCUGUUGCAAUUCAAGCGAAAGAGAUCUGUCUGUUCUGCAUUUCAACCAAGUAAUUUAGACGUCUGGUCACCUUAUAGCGUAUAUAACUUAACAUUAACAGCUUGAAAUUUACAGCCUUGAUCAUUUGCUUUCUUUUGACGAUCGCUCAGAAGUCGGUCAAAAACGAGUUCAUUUGUAUUCGUUUCAUUGGCCUUUGUACGAGGCAAUUAAUUUCCUUGUAUCUUUGUCAUAUUUAGGUCAAAGGAAAACACCACACUUUGAAUAUGAAUUUUCUAUUAAAAGUUAAUUACGCCGUUUGAAAACCGUCUCUUUCGUGAAUCUGAGAUCGAGUCGUUUAGAUGGUUAGUCAAAUCUUGUCAGCAAAGCUUUGCUUAGUUGGUAUAAGUUAUGUUGAAAACCUUCAGUUGGUUUUAAGAAUUAGUCAGAUAAAUAUUCACUUUUCACUCAAUUUCCUUUUUAAUGUAAGUAUACAAUAUUUCGAUACUUUUUUUUAGCUAAAGAAUUGAUCAAAGCGGGUGUCCCUUUAGAUAGUGUAUACGGUUGACUGGCCAAUUUAACGUUGAGGUUCUCUUCAGAAUACUAACCGCAGAUUGUUCACUAACCCAGAACACUUUGGAUCUAUAAGUGGUGACUUUUUACAUCAACGACCCUAAAAAGACAAACAAGUGAUUAACAGUUUAAAAAACCAACCUAAACAUUCUUAAUUGUCUUUGCAACAGAUCACAAUGUAGCAUUGUGCCUUUCCUUUGUUGGAUUGUAUUUGUUUUUUGUGUUUUUUUUCCUUUCUUUCCUUUUCUUAGUAUCUUAAAUUUACAAAAUUUGGAAUUUCAUGUAGAACACAAACUACACAAACUUGCAGCAGUGGAUUUAAUGCUAUAUUUCAGUCCUUUUUUUAUUAUUUAGGGUACAUAUGUCACUUCCAUGGUCAGCUGGACUAUCCAUGUAUGAUCACUUUAAUCCCUUUAAUCUCUGGGGUCACUGAAAAAUCUUUAGCGACUGCAGCAAUUUUAUGGAGACAACUCUUCAACCAACCAUUGCAGCCAUCCGUACAAGAACAAUCACCAAGAUAAACUUAAGAUCUAUGUUUACAUACACCUGCUCAUAUAAUUCACAUGGCUGGACUUUUUUGAGAUUGCUGUAGUGAGUGAAGCAGUCAUAUUGAACCAAUUCUUGAAAUGACAAAUGGUAACUUUGGUGAUUUAUCCUCACUGAUCUCUAAAUUUUUGGUAACAGUGUGUUGCUAAAAUGUUUUUAAAAAUGAGAACGUCAUUGUACUAUUCCUGAUGGAAGAUGACAUUGUCGAAUCCCUACUGAAUUGCACCAAAUGGCAUUAAUUAACAAACAAUAAUCGUAUUUAAUAAUAUUCUUAUCAGAUCUAGCCUUUCCUCCAGUGGUAGUUUAAGUGAUUCUUGGUCUUUUGUUUUAAGCUAUUUUGAGCUAUCAGAAUGGCACAUUGUUCCAGUAUAGAAUUCCUUACAAUAAAAUCAUGUUCAAGUAUAUAACUAUUUUUCCUUCUUAAUUAAUAUAAUUUUUUUUAUUAGACAGUUUUAAAAAUGAUGAAUGGAUGAAUAAAUAGACAAAUAAAUAAAUUUCACUUUAAUUUAAAAUCUUAAAAUCCAAACAAUUGACACUGAUGUGAAAGCAGGGGAAAAUAGUGUUGGUGUAGCCCUGUGGUUAGAACCUAUUUUUGUGGUCCAAUUUCUUGAGGACAUCUUAUGAUUAAGAGGAAUCUCAAAUUUUGUACAGGUCAAAUUCUUAAGAUUCACUUGUUCAUAAUAUUUGUGAUUUCUUAGGAAUACAAUGGAGGGUUGCUCCAUAAGGAGGAAGUUAUGUUAAGAAAGGCAUUGUAUGCGUCACUGGUUGAUUCCAAGAAGCCUUCACCAAACAAGCUUUCUUGCAGCAGUCAUUCAGUUUGUGAGACAGUGGGCGAUAAUGGCUCUCAAGACGUCACCAGUGUAACUUGCAGUGGAGACAAAAAGAGUAACAAACAGUGUAGCACUUUUGAGGAGUGCGACAACUGGAAUGAUACCAGUGAAUCUGGGCAAUUUAUCACGGAAAAGAUCAUUGACUCUGAGAUGCAAAAGAAGAUCAAGGAACCAAGCAAACUUCUUAAUUAUGUUAUCAAGAAGAAAAAGGAGAAACGAACCAAUCCAAAAACGUUAUUUAGGACUGUGUCAUCAACAAAACUUGCAGGAAGAGGGGAAGGAAGUUUAUCAUCUCAGAAUGGUAGAGCAAAAAAGAGAAGGAGACAGAGAGGAGCACUUGCAGUAUUUGUUGCAAUGAAUAAGUCUGCUGGCCGAAAAAUGAGUAGGGAGCAUUUUUUGGAGGCAGAUAAAGACCUUUCCAAAAGUAAAAGGAAGAGAAGACGAAAGCGGAGGGAGGUUAAAACUCAAAUCUUUAAUGAAGGAGAUACUGAAAGUGAGGAGUUGCCAUUAAAGAAAUCUAAGAGUGAAGAGAACAAGUAGGUGUAUUGUAUUAUGGAUUUAUAAUCAUGGACUGCAGUAAAUAUGCAAAGUUACACAGUGUGUCUUACAAUAUACACAGGAACUUGACAAAAAAAUCCAUGUGAUGUACAUGCAAUGACAUGUUUCUUUUGGCAACACUUUGAAAAAAGAGUGGCUGGAAGAGUGUUGUGUGUUGUUUUGGCUGGGAGUAAGCUAUAAAUCCCGGGGGCGGGGGUACUCCCAUAAUGGUCUAUAGAGGGAGGCAACAGGCAAAAGGGGUACUUUUUCAGGCUUCAUGUAUAUGAAAAGGUAGGGAUUUUACUAGUUGAAGUACAUGUAUGUGAAAGGGUAGGCAGGGUGCAAAGAAAGUCAGUUUUACAGUCUGCCAUUUGGGCAAGCUGUAGCUAGCAUGUACUAGCCCACAAGUUAUUUCAGCUAGCCCCAAAACCCUUUUUGAUGAGCAGGAUUUAUUACAAUCAUUCUGUAAUUUGAAUUUCCCCCCCAAAAAGACAGCACUUGCUGUUCGGGCAAGUUAAGAACAAAAAUCGCUAGCCCAAUAGCAAAAUACACUAGCCUCGGGCUAUCAGACAUGACUUUCUUUGCACACUAGUAGGGAAAUCUGUCAUUGCGGUCUGUGAUAGGACCUAAAGCUACUAACAGGCACAUUGGAAAACUCUCUGGUUUAGUGAUUUAUUCAUAUUUACAUUCGUAAAAGACGGUGUAUUUACAGAAGUUAAAAGGGAUGUGGCUUUCUAAGUCAACUAGUACAGUGUGUGAAAGGGGCACCAUUUGUCAAUAAAACGUAAACGAAAGGGGUACACCUAAAACAUUGUUUAGUUCCCCCUCCCCCUAAUUAUGAUUGGGACCUACAUAUAUAACUUUCGUUUACAUGUGACUGACAUUUUAUUUAUUUAUUUUUUAAAUUGUAGAGCAGCCUGCAGAGUAGUUCAAGCACAGCGGAAAUUUGCAAAGUCACAUCCAAUGAGUCCAACUAGGUAGGAAGUGUUUUUUAUCACUUUGUGUUCAGAUUAAUAUUAAUCUUAUUCUUUGCCAUAAUAACUACAGUUUUGAAAUCUCAUACCAAGAUUUUACGUGCAUGGAAAACAAAUUGCUGCAAAUGCAGUAGUUUCUCUUGAUGCCUGUAUAAUUUUUAACCUACUGAAAUUCCAAAGAAGGUGGUAUACAAUUUACCUGGACUAAAAUGGUAAAAUGGCAGCAGGGCAGAACAAAGGAAGGAGAGCUUGCAACUAGGUCUCUGGAAUUUGAACUCCACCUCCAAUUCCCCUGUGGCUCCCUGUCAACUGAGCUAUCAGAUUUCCGCCAAUCAGCGCAAAGCAAGAACGAGCAAGAAUGUAAACAGACAUUGAAAAACACGUGCCAAGGGUAAUGACAUCAUUACUUAUGUCAUCUCUGCCAAUCAACAUUUUGCAUUGACUUUUUUGAUGCAGAUAUUGAAAUUCCAGAGAGCUAGUUGCAAGCUCUCCUUCCUUUACUGCCACACCGCCAGGGGGCCCUGGAGAGCUUACUCACAGGUUAUGGUAAAUGCAUUGUUUAUAGUUUAAGUGCACUUAGCUGCUCUAUUUACAAUCAUGGACAAAAAUCUUGGGAAAUUUGUAUUUUAUUUGGUAUCGUUACGUGUAAUCCACAGAUGCCCAACCCUUUAGCCACCUCACAUACACUGUUGAUCAGUGUAUCCACCAUUUUUCCUGAGUUUCUAUCCUGUACUGAGGGUGGGGGAGGGAGAACUGCAAGGCAUUUGUAAACAGAUAGCACUGCUACAUGACGGUAUGUGAAAAUAAUUUCACAAAUUACCUCACUGUCACAAGGUCUUCUGUUCCUGAUGGGACAGAUUACAGACACUUCAUUCAAUUUUAAUUUGUAACUUGUAAUGAAAAUAUAACAGGUUAAACCCUUUAAGUUCCCAGGUUGAUUGUCAACAUCAACUUUCUCCUAACAAUGUCAUUACAUAAUCAAAAGAAAAGGUUAUAAGAAUUGAUAAAAUGAUCACGAAAGGGAAGUGGAUUUUUCUUUGAUCAGUUGUCCUAAGUAAUUCUUUGAAGAAAUGUAUGGAGAUCUGUCUGGAGAGUGUAGGCUGAUUCAGCAACAGAAUUGGAACAUCAUUUGAUGACAGGAAAGCAAGCAGAAAGGACUAAAAUCGACCUCCGGUGCCCAAUUUGCCUCUCUGGCAUUGGUCAAGCCUGUUGUUUGAUUUGCGCACGCUGUCGUCAACUGAUGUUCCUGUUCUGUUGCUAAAUCAGCCUUGUAUGUGGAUAUUGGGGCUUAAUGAGUUAAAACCAGAACUGGCAGGAGGUGACAAGUUUUCUAUCUACAAGCAUGCCAUGGAAUUGAACUGGGGACCACAGAAAAACAAAUCCUACCUGGCUACCUAGUGGUCAUGCAGAGCAGGACUCUGAAACUGUACUGAUAGUAACUCCAUACUUUGGUCACUUACUUGGUAAUUAAAAUGAUUUGCAUGUAUUUUGUUUUUGACCAGCACUAGAUCACAUGAAAAGCGAAAUAUGCUCUCAAGCACUUGUACAACACGAGCCAAGACUGAAGAUUUCUUGACCUUUCUUUGCUUAAGAAGUGAGUAAAUUUGUGCAUCUAGGAUUUUGCCUAUGACUGUCAAUAUCAGGAAACUGUGAACACCUAAAAAAUAUGACUGGAAUGCUGACUGUGUAUUGCACUGAUAAAUCACAACAAAGGACGUCAGGACAUGAGUAGGACACAAAAAUGCAAGCUAAUCACAGUCGUUGCUUGCAAAUUAGUUUUCUCAUGCCUGAUUAGCUUUGACCUUAAAAUAAUUAUUAUAACAUUCCAGAAAUAUUUGUAGUGUUCUCUGUUUUGUUAGUUUCACAGUAAUCAUUGACCAUUAUUUUGUAAUAUUAUUUAUAGUAAUCAUCAGUAAUGUACGAUAUGCUUUCAAUUCACUUGCCUUACUCAUUACAAAUUGUUGCAGAAGGGAAAUGUGAAUGGUUACUGUAAGUUUUGAAUAGUUGAUGGGGGAAUUGCUUUUACAUGUAUGAAUGCCACAUUUCCUCUAUUAGUAUUGCCAGGAAUAUGAGUCCCACUAGCUCAGCUCAUGCACUAUUUCCUCAUAAAAUGUUUGUUGUUUCUAUGAGGGGCAUGGGCUGACCCACUUGCCAAGAUCUUGAUUCAAUUUUUUUUGGAAAGGAGUGGUGUGGUGUACUAUGUUGAAAGUGCUGAGCAAGCACUUGAUGUAUUGUUUGGGGGGAAGGAAAGGUAAAAUCAGGGAACUCACUAUGCUAUACAUCAAUUAAUUUUCAAAACGUGGAUGUAAGAGAGAGCGGACGUUCAUCCUGAUUUUUUCUUACUGUCCCUUCACUGAUUUUGAGCUACCAAAAAUGCAAAUAUAGUACACAGGUCAAUCCUAAUCCCUUUGUGGCUCAUUAAAUUAAAUCUCUUCAAAAAUUACCCUUUAGAGCUGACAUUCUAUUGCUAAAUUAAAAAUGCACAGGUCAAGCAAAGAUAUCACAGUGCAAUUUGAAGUCCCUUUUCCCCAAAACAAUCACAAUAGGGGCUUGUUUACAUUCUUUAAAUUUCAGGCUAUUGAUCACGUUUUUCUUAAGUGAGCUACUAGAACCCCAUCAUGAAAAAAAAGUUGGCCAUGCCCCUGAACAUUCCUUUUUUAACUUGUUGCAGAUCAUCCUGUCUUACCCAAGGAGCUGGAGAGGUUCAACAAUCCUUGUCUGCCAAUGUCCCCAUUAUCUGAUGAAGAAGAGAACAAUAAUUCCUUACCACCCUCCCCUACUCACUCUCAAUCAUCAAUGUCAAAUUCAUCAAAUCUGUCAAGCACCAUGCACAAGUCAUUUUCUGACUCACCUGUCCCAUCGGUGGAUAGCCCGGCCACUGGUGAGGGACCCUCAUGGGAGAGUGGUGUGGUGAGAAUGUAUGCUGAUGGUCCCAAGGGGCUGGCUGGAAAGGGAAAGGAGUCAAAGAAAUAUGACGAGCUUCUGCCUAGUGAUGACCCUGAUGUAAGUGAUUGGUUUUUCUUGAUGUGUGAGUAUUAGAUGCAGAACAAUGGAAUCUAAGCUCCUUCGGGUCGACCAUUCGCGUUAGUUUUUAUUGGUAAAUUUCACUGAACAGUUUUUUUGUUCCUCUAUGGCAUGGAGACAAAUAGCCUGUUUCAGACCCUCUGUAGUAGGGAUGAGUGGAAAGAAAAGCAAGCACAUGAAAAAAAAAAAACAGACAAGAACUGAUUUUCACCUGUCCUGACUAACAGAGUGUCUGGAAUCUGCUAGAAGAGCAGGUACACUGUGUUGUGAUCGGUGCAAACUUCAUAUUAUACCUUGCGUUCAUCAGUAUUAUUUAUUUUCAAAGCUCACAGUCAUUUUCACUUACAGUCAUGUCCUGCCAGACAUGAACUAUACUUUUAGUAUGCAUAUGCAUGAGGCACCAUUGUACUAUAUAUACUUAAUUUGCAAUAUUGUGGUCUAUGCAUCAAUUUGCAAUCUUCUUGUUGGUUUUCAACUCCUUAAGUGACAAGUUGAGAUGAACACUUUUUGAGUUUGUGUCUCAAUUUGUUUGGCUGUUGUUCACUUCAGAACAUUUCUUUUUUUUGCCUAUUAAAUGCCUACAGGCUACUGCAAGGAUACAUAUUUGCUGUUAUUAGGUUGCCAGGAAACACUGUAAAAUAUUAUGAGCCUGCACAAUAAAAUUGUAUGACAUAAUGUCUGAGCUUUCAACCUGACUUUUUAAAAACAAGGAACUGUUACAUCCUACAAGGCAUUUAGGACAUACCAUGCAAAAUAUAAAUUGAGAGUUAUCUAUUUAAAUGAUCUGAAAAACCUGAGCAUGCCUAAUACAAUAAUUUUUGUGCCUGAUUAGCAAACUUAAUAAAAUACCCCAAUUCACUUUAAACUUUUUUGCUCGGACCAUGGAUAAUAGAAGGACUGGUCUUUUCCAUGCUCAGACAAGAAUGAAGCCUUACUUUUCUGGCUUAUUACUCAAGGCACAAAUACAAAUAACUGUGUUCAGGUGCGCAGAAGGCCCCUCACCUUUUAGCUUCUUUUAGUAAUGUGUUGUUAGCUUCAAAAUUCAAAUUACGAGAAAAGUUUAAAGGUGCACGAUGAUGCUGACAAAACCUAACACAUGUAUAGAGAUUUCAGCAAGUUUAGAACUUUAAGUUUAGGUUAGAAUUGGCGAGUAAUUCUACAUAUACGCUUACUUGGCUUGUUUAUCAUUUAUUUAUUGCCCUCUUAUCCCGCCUACGCUUACUAUUUCCUUUGUAACUAUAAGUCUGAUAAUAGUAUCAUGAUGCAGUAGCAUAGACCACAAUGAUAACAGUUGUAAGAAAUGCUGAGAUGCUGGAGAUUGCUCCUUUGUUCAACUACUUGACUAUUAAAAUGUAUGUUUCUAGGUAUAGCAUUCGUCAGCGUCAGUAGCUUGACACAUUCGCCUAAAACAACGUCAUUAUGCUUCCAUUGGUUUUUAUAUUUAUGCUCUCCCUUGUUCAUGAAAUUAAGGAGUCCUCUAUCAGUAGCUUCUACUGUCGGUUACUGUUCGUUUAUUUAAAGGUUUUCCAGUUGCUGUACAUUUAUUUAAAACAUUGUGAAUUGCAGGCUCAUUAAACAGGUCUAUAUUAUUUUAUAGCCUAUGUUAUCUCAGUUAAAUCUACUAAAGCCUAAUACUGAACUUGUAUGUGAAGAGAGACGAAGUGCUCAGUAUUGUGAUCAUGCUUUACGUAUUCUACAUUCGUCUGUCAACGUCUUAAGAAAGCUGGUUUACUAGCUUUAGAACAAACGCCACUGAAUCGUAGUCAACAGUUACCGGCACCACACAAACGACUUAGUGACGGACUCAAGCAAAACUGACGACGAUAGAAUGACUGGACAACCGACGAAAAAGAAAAAAAGAUUUUAAAACUAUUUUUGAAAUGUUUUUAAACUUUUUAAUCUGUGGCAAAAUACGGGUCAUAAUACACCAAUGGCAAUUAGAGUCUUCAUUGUCAAUAAAAUCACGACUUCACUGACAGACGACCAAUAACAUCGCAACUUAAUUGGCCAAUCAGGUCAAUAGCCAGAGUUAAAUACCAUCAACUGACGUUGCCUGCGAUCGUGCCCUCCCUAUACCUCUAUUGUGUCUUUCUUGGAGAGGAGAAGGAGGGAAGUUCUUUUUUUCCCUGUCUUCAAAAAAACAACAACAACUACAACAACGCCUGAUCGCAGGUUACAACUGACGUGAUACAACUCACUUUGACUCUGAAGAUGACCACCGCACGGUUUGUUAAAACGUCAGUCAAUGUCAACAACCUUGAAGAUUAUAUUCCACCCACUUAUGAUUCUGAUUAUUGUGCGUUUUUCAAGGCGAGUCCUGGUGCUCAUCCUUUCUCAUGAAAAAUCAGUUCUGAAACAUUUCAGCCAUGUGAAAAUGGUGAAUAAUAUGAAUAAUGAAAUGGCUGUACAGUUUUUCGCUUAAUUUAAUUUCGAGACCUACAAUAGCGACCCCAUUCUUUCGUAAAAUGGCCAUAAAACCAUGGAGACUGCGGUCAUUUCUGCUUGAAUAAUUCUUGUGUUAAUAAGCAUGUUUGAAAUACGAGAAAGUAUGUGUCCCCUUCAAAAAUUUUGGUUACGCGUUCCUGUGAUUUGUAGUGGUUUUCCUGGGCAGCCGUUAUUGGGGUCGUCAUGCAACGCUGCUUCCCAAGAGAAGCCUUGUGUGAUGAUUCAAACGGCGGUUUGCUAAUUUUGCUAAUUCCCAUGGGAUUCGUUUUCCUUUAUAGACCGCCCAAUCUUAAUCUAAGACCCUGUUUACAUGGAGUCGGUCUAGUGGGGUAGAUUUCUUUUGUUUUGUGUCUUCCAGAGCGUGAAAACAAAAGAAACCAACCCCACUAGACCGGGGUCCCCCACUCCAUGUAAACAGGCCCUUAGUUCCUACCUAAAUUUAAAUUAAGUUACAAAACGUUCGAAGAGUGUGCUCUUUUGCAUGCCACUGUGUUCUAUUAGAUUUCAAUGUGAAAUGUGUUUUUUGUAUUUAGACAGUAUUCAGCAUGCUGAAACGUCCUCUGUUUUAUAAACUAGUUGUUCAUUUUGGCAGCUUUUGCAUUUUUUAAGCAAUUCGUGUCAUUCCUAAUUGCUGUUGUUAUCUUUAUAGGACCCGAGAGAAUUCACCAAGUCUGUGACACCUCCGCUUUCUUUUCGAGUAUCCUCUCGCCCAACAAACUGCUCGGUUUACAAGACAGGGAACAAGCAGCUACCGAGGCCUAUCCCAAAGCCAUUCGCAGUCAAGCCUUCAAUUACUAGUCUUUCAAUGAGUAAAACUGCAUUGUACCCCACGGAUACCAAGAGUACAGGGGAUGCCGGUAGUUCUUCUUCCCCGUUGUCGCAUCUCUCGGAAUCGGCUAAUUCGCCGCCUCCACCUCCUUUGUUGUACAUCCCCGCUGCUGCACAGAGGGUAACUCAUCUCCACGAACCUCCUAUUUUGCAGCGUUUUCCCUCAACUUCCCCUUCGCGCGAGCAAGAAAGCGACGGAGGAUCAGAACUUCGUCGGUUGUCAGUCGAUCGGAAUGAUGGACCGCCACCUUUAAAGCGGUUUCCUCCUGUUGUUUUAGAGCAUGAAAAUUCAGAGAAAGAUUUUGAAGCUGUAAAAAGUAGUACGGAUAUGCCCUUUUUAACGCAAAAAGGUUCUUCAGAUUUUCGUCCAGUUUUGUCAAGGUCCCUGAAUGGGCACGAAUUACAGGCCAUUUCUUCGGCUGCACUGACAACAAGUGGAAAAUCAAGCAGCUCACUUUGCGAUUUGACCAAAAUCUCGCAGAUGGAAAAAGAGGUAGACGGGACUACUUCGCGUUGGAGAAACAGAGAGAUGCCCCUUUUGAGGAGGCAUUCUUCCGCGACUGAGGGCACCGUCUGCUUUGAAGAGCUGGUGAAAUUUCCCGGAACUUCGCGGACGAUCAACUCUAGUAGCAGCCCACCUCAGCUUCAACGCGUGCCCGCGAUGAAAGACGCUGGCAAACAUACACGUCUUAGUCCCCUUGAAACUGCAGACGUCGAUGGUCUACCUGGAACUUCCGCCGGUAGUUUCGAUUCGUCCAGUACUAGUCAUGAAUCUUCCAGUCGGGUUAUUGGAACUUCGGGUAGUCGACUAGACAGUUCCGAUGGUCGACUUGGAUCUUCUGGAAGUCCUCUUCCAGCUUCCAUUGGUCUUCUUGAAACCUCCCAUAGGCGACCUGAAGUUUUUCACCCUGAAAAUUCCGCUUCUCGACUAGUUGGUUUCGAUGGUCUUCUCUCGUCUAACUUGUCAUCUCAUCCUCCUAGACUUGUAAGGCACCCAACAUCCAGACCAAGCUUUCUUGAAACAAACCUCAAUGUAACAUCACUUCAAAACGAUACAGUAUCUCCCGGUAUUGCUAAUCAAAGGCAGGCUUCACCACUUGCGUUUCCUACUAACAGAAGAAGUGCGCAGUCAUUUCAAGAAAGUCAUUACUCAAGAUCCAUUCCAAUCGCUGAAACGCUUCCCGUCACUGCGAGACAGUCUCCUGUAUUCGCUUCUGGUAAAGACAGGUAUAAAAGUACUUACGUCUUUGCCACCCGGCAAACGUUUCUACAGCCUGAAAAUGAACCGAGCCCUGUAAAAGUGAGUUCUUUAUUUUUGCCAGGCAAGAACUAUGUUGGUUUGACGCCCGUCCACGGCAGCGUGCAUUCGAUGCGACACCUUCAAUCAAUUAGUGACUUGAACCAGUCGGAUGAAAGGCGAUUUUCACCACGCUCGAUACAGAAUCACUAUUCAGGGCCCCGUAGUCAUCAAUCGCACGUGAACUUAAACAACACCAAUGCGGGUUUGUCGUCGGCAAAUAAGCAUUUUAACACUUCUGAAGGAUCAACGAGAAUACCCUCUCCAAGAUCGGACUUGCUUAGCAGAUUAUCGCAUGAACCGUUGAACGGUUCGUGUGUGUCUCGCGUUAAUGACCUCUCUUCGGAGUCCUCGUCCUUCCGAAAUCGACCGAUGGCUAUUCGAUCGAAUAUUCCGCACCUCCUUAACACGCCCGAAUGCUUCCCUCCUGCAUGGUCACACUUAGAAUCACCUUACUCUCUUCCGUCUGUUGCCUCUAGAAAUACUCCCCCUAAACCGUACACUUUGUCCGUGAACUUACCUUCUCCUUUCUCUUCUGAUCACACCGACGCACAAUCUGCUGAGUCACGAUCGAAUUCGAACACGCCAGUUUUAGAAGGUUAUUCCCUGGCUCAAGUUCGAACAAGCGAUCAACAACAAGUUCGUGUUAUCGAGCGCACAGAGCGCUAUUCAGGCGCAGCUGAAAAUUACAGAAACUAUGACUUGCCCAAUGCAUUCCAAAACGCGAACGUCCCGCAUAGCGUGAGGGCAAACAAUAUCUUCAAUGAAUCCGGGUGCUCUGACACUUCAGUCAGUGAUCGGUCAGUCUCUCGACCAUAUCUUAACGAUCAAAGAACAGGCGAUGCGAACAUGGAAAACUCAUGCCCCUUACUCCAACGCGUCGAAAUUCCAGCAAAAGCUACAUUUUCGAAAUCAAACAAUCUUAGCAGGGGUACUCCAAGCCCAGUAGCUCGUCAAACUGAGCUUCAAGCACACACACCGUCUUCGAAAUCACCAAACUUUAAAGGAAAGAAAAACAGCCUUAUUACUGACUCUAACAAGCCUUGCAAAUCUCCAAAGACAACAGGCACGGAUAUUCCAGGUUCCAAACAAAAGACAGCAAUUUGUCCAUCGCUGGGCAAGGCUAGGGAUUCGCCCACAUUUUAUCCCACUGAGGAAGAAUUCAAAGAUCCCGCCGCCUACAUUAAGAUAAUACGUCACGAAGCUGAGAAGUUCGGUGUAUGCGUCAUUGUUCCACCAGAGUCAUGGAAGGUUUGUUGUUGUUGUUGUCGUUUUUUUUAUUCUUGUUUACAUUAGACAGCAGUAAAUUUAAGAGACUUGAAGCAAACAACUAAGGAGUAAACCAUUUGAGGGAGUUGGCGGCUGGGUGACUUGGCUUGCCCAGUAAUUUUUCCUAGCCUGCGUGGUGGGCUCAAAAAUGGAAGGGGGAGGUGGAGAGGGAGAAAAACUCGAAAGCCUUCUCUCCCCAAUCUCCCUCCCUUUUUCCUUUCCACCCAGUCCCCUGACCCUUUCGACGCCCGCUACGCAGGCUAAUUUUUUUUUUGCCCCGAAAUAUACCGACGCGCGCGAGAAAAAACCUCUGGUACCAAUGGUAGCCAGUCUUCGAAAACUGGACCAAUUUUUGUCAAACGUCCAAAAACAUACUAGCACCGCAAACUGAUUAAUUUUUAGCACAGUACUGGGCGCUGCGCAAAAAAAGUUUUUAAUGAAGUCGCUUAGUUUUGGCGCGAAUUUUCUUCAUCUGUUUAUUGUGUUCUUUAUUGACAUGCACAGCUGAAAACAUGGGCGAACUCCAUUUUUUUGUUAUAGCACCUGGAUAUUUAUACCGCACCUUUCUUCUUUGUUUUUUAACUUUAGCCUGAGUUUCAGAUUUCUGACAAUUUGAGGUUUGUUAGCGAGUGUCAACUGAUUCACAGACUUCAGGAGAGGUGAGUUCAAAUUAUCACCUUUAUCUGAUAAAAGUUGUCAAUGCUCUGAGAAGUACCUAUAUCACGUGUUGUUUUUAGUUCAAAUGAUGUGAGCAGAAUUUUAGGGUCUUGUUCUGUUGGGAGCAUCGGGUACUGUAUUUGCAAAAGGCAAAAAGAGAAAAGAGAGAACGACUGUACAUUCAAUUUGUUGUUCUGUAGAGCUUACAAAAUAUUCCAUUUCUCACAUCAAAGUAAAUGAAUUUAUCAUUAGUGCGGCUAUAUAUCAUCCCCUUAUCUAGAAUCCUUCCCUGACUUUCAGCACAGUUUGCGGGGCUUUUCUCAACAUGUAAUUCGCUGUGUCUUUGUCAAGACGGAAUCCAGUAGGAAAUUGAGUAAUUUUAAUUUUCAGUGGACAAAAACCUUGUACCAGAAUAUUUUAAGCCAUGUCGCAAUCUAUUUUUACAUUUUUUAAGGGCAAUAGAUGUAAUUAAGUAUCUGUAAUAACACCAAAGACAAUUUCUUAUGGUAGCCCGGGAAACUGAUUUCAAAUUUCACAGGAGUUGAAACAAAGGUAAAAUAGUCAUGUGUAAAUUGGAAGCUUUUGAAGUAUAUUUUCUCGGGCUCCCAUAAGAACCUUUCCUUUGGAGUUAUUUCAUAUAACUUAUUAGAUAAGCGUAAAAAAGAAUGCAAUAUGCUUGAAAUUACUCUGGUACAAGGGUUUUGCCCACUGAAAGUUGAAAUUGCUCAAUUUCCUAAUGGAUCCCAUCUUAAUAUUAAUCUUAAGACUCAGUGAACGUACACGUCCUUUACCUCGCCUGGCCGGCUUAGCCCUGGCCUGAACCUUUUUCGUGGCAAAAAUCCUAGUCCGCCUAGAGAAGAGGGGCGCCCUAGGCAAGUAGAUUGGCAGUCCAGAACCUUUAGUCUGUCCACCAUGUAAACCUAUCAAUUCGUUGGCUCUGCUAGGGUAGUGCGAUUACCUAGGGGGGCACCAACCCCCCCCCCCCCCCCCCCCCCCCCCCUUUUUUUUUUUUUCUCUUUUUUUUUCUUCUCCCCCCCGGGGGCCCGGGGGGGGGGAGAGGGGGGGGGUAGGGGAAACAUCCCCCCCCCCCCCCAUCCUCUUUUUAACACACGCCCCCCCGAAACACCCCAAGCCCACAGAGCACCACCCCCCCCCAUCCCGACCCCAAGGCGGCGACGCUCCCACACACAACAGAAGAGCGGACAGCGGAGCAAAAGAGGGGGCCCCCAGCCAGGAAGUUGGGAAGCCCACACCCUUAUCUCUUACCCCCAUAUAAACCUUCCAAUCCUUUGGCCUUCUUGGGGGAGUGGGUUUACUGUGGGGGGCCCCACCCCCCCCCCCCCCCCCCCAUCUCUUCCUUUUUUAUUUUCCACUGUUUGUUUCAAAUCGCCAGAUGGGGUCCCGUGGAAGAGGAAAUGGCGUGUAUCAGGAAACAUCUCGACCAGCAAUCUAUCUCUUUAGAACCCAUGCCUCAGGUAAUGACCUCAAGGCCUAGUAGACAUCAUGUCCGACACUGCGAUGCCAAGGUUGCAAGCCUAGCACAAGCAGAAGGAUAGCUGACUUAUGUUUGCGCUUAUGCUUGCGUCUCUGCGUCGUUCAGUUGACUCCCAAUAACUCGAACCUCCCGCUAACUCGAAGAAAUUUUUGCUUCCCCUCAGGUCAUUCCGGACCUAUAUAAUUAUACCCUCGAUACCUCGAACCAUGUUUUGAACGCUUAAAAAGUCGGGGUAAAACUGUGCACUGUCGUUCGAAACAUUGGAUUUUGAAGUCCCAUUGACAUACAGUUUACUAGUGGAGGCUGAUGUUGUGUGUCACAAAUCUAACAUGAAGCAGCUUUACUUUUUAAAACAGUAAAACGCGUGCUCUAUGUGGGCUAUGUUUUGUUCCGUUGCGGUCUCGGAUUUUUGACUGAUCUAAAAGUAUCUUUCAAUUUUCACUUAACAUUUCCAGAAUAAAUGUGAUUUAAAUGCUCACCUUACAGUAAAAACUGUUUUUUUACCUUACUUUAAGCUAUUUUCUUCGAGCUCCCGAUAACUCGAACUUUUUUCGAUUUCCCUUGAAGGUUAGAGUUAUCGGGAGUGGACUGUACUUCCAACCAGCCUUUGGAGAAUUUAACAAAAACUAUUUAAACCAGGACUUGCCGCCUUUACGGUCGGAUUCUCAAAUCAUCCAUCGCAGUUAUAAUCGUAAUUCAGGCAACUGCAAAUUAAACCCCGAAAAAAUAACUUUUCAGGGCUGCAGUGCUCUACCAACUGAGCUAUGAGGACCCAUAUAUUGAGGGCAGGCCAAUUUGUUGAGUUCAAUGAAACAUAGAAUGAUUAUUUUAUGUAGGUUAAGAUAUGGCCAUCGCAGUUGUAAUCACAAUUUAAGCAGUUGCAAAUUAAGCCAAAUAAAACUCUGAUUGGAUGGUUGAAUAGUAUGGCCGGUAGUCGUUAAUUCUCCUACAAAGCGCCGGAUUCCUGAACUCAUAAAUGAAGUCUUUUGACUCUUUGUCUUGUCUCACAGAUAGGAGGAUUGGAACUAGAUCUUCCUCAUUUCUCCAGAGUGGUGAAACAAUUCGGAGGACUCCAAAAGGUAGAAUUAAUAUUCUUUAUCUGCCUAAUUAAAGACUGCUUCCUCAAAGCACAUGCAAGUAGUGAAGUUGCUGUCUUCUUCUUCUUUUGUAGGUUAUCGAUAGUAGAAAGUGGGCAAGAGUUACAGAAAUAUUGAAAAUACCUCGAGCGGUAAGUCCUUCCUUUGACUUUGAUGUGUUUGAGGUGGGGGUUCGUUAAAACAUUGCACUUAUGAGAUCUGAAGGGCCUUGGAUUUGAGCCUCCGUCGUGCCAGCGUUUUGUUUCCUUAGACAAGAAACUUGUUUCAUAUUAGGGCCAUUUAUACGAGGAAAAAUAAGACGCGUCUUACUACAUAAGACGCGUCUUAAAUAAGACGCGAACUUUCCGUAUAAACGGCACAUUUUGUCUAAAAUAAGACGCGACUUAGCUAAGACGCGUCUUAUUUUUCCUCAUAUAAAUGGCCCUAUUGUCUCUCUAUAUCUGAGUAUACGGCCAUAGUCAAAAUUUGUCAAAGUUUGUAAAUGCCGAAAAACAAAUAGCACCAUGUGAAAGUAAUGGCAAAAAGGCUUCAUUAGAAUGGUCACACCAUAGGAUUUCAUCCACAGACUCAAAAGUUAGAACUAUAUACUAAAUAAAUAGUACCAUGUGAAAGUACUGUUGAAGAGGUUUCAUUUGAAUGGUAACACCGUUGGAUUUCAACUACUGACUCAAAAGUUAGAACUACGUACUAAACAAAUAGCACCAUGUGAAAGUACCGCUGAAGAGGUUUCAUUAGAGUGGUCACAACGCAAAAUUUCGUCCACAGUCGCAAAAGCUAGAACCUCCGUGAAGACUCCAUCUUGACCACAUUAUCGAUUUUCUUUUAGCGGAGGUGUUUGGUUGUGUUUCUUUCAGGCUCAAGACCGAAUUGGGAAGCUUCAGGAUAUCUACUGCAAAUAUUUGCUCUCGUACGAUCUCCUACCACAGGUAAAAUCGUUUUCAAGGAAUAGAAUAAUGAUAUUGAUCUUCACAGGACAAACUUCUCUUGUUAAUAUCAUAGGUGAUGAAUUACUCCUUAAUUUUGGCGCGAAAUUUCAGCGUUAAUUUGUAAUUUCACAUGUGAAAUUACAAAAUUGCCAUGGCAACCUAACGUACGUCUCAGUGUCAAGAAAAGAAAAAGACGCUUUAGAAAACCUGAACACACGAAAGAGCACAUCAAGAAGGAUUCUAACAGGUAUUUUGUCGAAAAACUCUGAACUUAAGCCAAAUUUAAGCUCUAAGCGUUCGAGAGAGUGCAGGAGCUCUCGAUCCAUACGAUCCAGGAUAAACAUGUCAGAAAUCCAAGAUAGCUAAAGUAAUUCGUCACCCAUGAUAUUAAUAGGUAAUCAAAUGGUAUACUCGUGAAAUUAGGGAAUAAUUUCACUUGCGUUUUGUCCAAAUGCUAAUAAGGAUUUGGACAAAAAACGCGUGAAAUUAUUCCCUAAUUUCAUUCGUCACCAUUUGAUUACACAUACUAAUUAUUGAGUGGUCAAGUGGUAACUUACUGUCUCUUUCCUUAGGAUGACAAAGCUGAACUGCUGCGACAGGUUCAUCUAGAAAGGGAACGAAAGGUUGACUGUGGUAUGUCAGUUUCACACUUUGGCGUAAAUUUCUGUGGUCAGUAAGAAUAUGAAACAUGGAAAAUUGUUCUCGAUUUGCUGUACCCAAGAAGGUCAUCACAGCAUUGGUCUUAGUCCACAGUCCAAGCGGUGGAACUGCUUGGCGUUGCUGUUAAUAGAUUCGGGGGGGGUGGGGGAUAAGUGAAAGAAACGCCUGUCAGCAAAUGAGGGUUGAGUGGGUGGAGGUCAUCAUAUGAAUUAGAGAAAAAUGUCGCUUUUGGGCGGAGCCGCAGGGAAGGGAUAUCUAGAGACGAAACUGUUAACUUGAGCGUGAACUCGGGCUUGAAGAGUAGGAAUUUGGCGAAAACAAAUCGGAUCGGAUUUAGCGCUAAAUGUGCGCUUUAAGACUAACAUUUGAUUGUAAAGCCAGUUUUCCAUUUUGGAAGUCGAGUGAAUCGAGAUCUCUGUGUCGCCUUGGGCCUUUUUGACUCUCUUGGCCCCCAUCGCGUCUAAAGGCCAGUCCAUUAUUUUGUGUGUGUGUUUGGUAAAUAAAAGGAAGGUAAAAAUUUUAAACAGUGAAAAAUACAUCGAGUGCAUUUUAAAUUAUACCGGAGUUAUGGGGACAUUAGAAACUUCGUUUGUUGGUGCAUACUCGUUACUGAAUCCCUAUCACCAUAUAAUUGUUGUAAGAAAGGAUCAAUUUCUUUUACAUUUUAAAAGCUCGUUUUCAAUCUGAUACUUGAGUUACGGCCUUCUUAUAUUCUUUUUGUUCUUGCAGAACAAGGCACGGACACGUGGUCUGUCAAGGUACACAUUAAUUAUCUUACUUUUUGUUUGAAUUAAGCAUCGUUUAAACACAUGGCUAUCCUUUUAAAGCCUUAAAACUCAUUGUCUUCGGUGACAAAUCAGGCCAAAAUUGACGACUUUCAUAUUUUUUAUUAAUAUCUCUGCAGGUAUUUACAGCAAUGUUUUAAGCAAUAUCCCAUUUGAAAGAGGGAUAAAUUGGCUCUAUAAAAAACAUAAAUUGUUCUCCAUACAUUCAGUAAAGUUUUUUUAAAAAAAAUGCAAAUGUGAAAAAUGUGCAUAAUUUAUGCAAAAAAUCCAAGAUGGACGCCAUUUAGUCCAAAGUAAAGUGUCUUUUGCUGGGUAUGUUAAAAAAGGAAUCUGUUGCUUUAUUUCCAGGCCAACUGAAAGCCAAAUUUCCCUGAAAAGAAGCAAAUACACAUUUUUUUACAUUUUUUUUUUUAACAUGUACUCAUAUUGAAAAAAAAAAUGAAAAAAAUUUUUUUUCAAAAAAAAAUUGGGGGGGGGGGGGGGGGGGAUAGAGUUAAAAGAAAAAGAAGCUAAAAGCCCCGCCAAACCCCUAAACAGCCCUAGAGAAACUCUUUUCCUAAAUUGUGGACCAAUUUUUUUAGGCCGCAAUUUUUCCUUUGUAACGUCUUAAAAACAUUGUCCAAAUGUGCCAAGACAAUUACUCAAGAAUUCACAAAAAUUUUUUUUCAAAAAAAAAUUGGGGGGGGGGGUGGGGGGGUAGGAGUUACAUGAAAAUGAUGCUAAAUGCCCCUCUAAACCCCUAACAAGCCAUAGUGAAACUCUUUCACUAAGUGUUGUACGAUUUUUUUAGGGCCGCAAUUUCUCCUUGGUACCGUUUCAAAGACUUGCUCGAAAUGUGCAAGGACAUUUCUUCAAGAAUUCCCCAUCUGCGAACGACGUAGAGGUAAAUGAUGUUUUUCUGCACAAAAUCAAAGAAAUAAACCAAAUAUCAUAGGAGCAAACAGACCACGAAAACGAACUUCCAACUGUCAACAGUCUAACCUACUCGCCUCUCUGUACUUCAAACAAUCCCUUCCUCUGUUAUACGAACACCUCUGUAAUGCGGGAAGUUGAGUCUCUCCCGCCAUCCUUUAGUGUCCGUAUUUAGGAGGUUGAACGGUAUGUUCUCAUAAGACAAGCUUCAUGGUUAAAUAGAAAAAAUCAGUGGCACACCGCUCCAGAAGGAAACUCUAGCUUUUUUCUUGUUGUUUACUACAGAAAGAAUUCUGGAAGGUUGUCAAUGACCGUGAAACAUACGUCUCUGUUCACCGAGGAACUCUGGAUACAAAUCAGGAACACAGCUGUUUUCCAACUGACAAAGGAGAUCCGUAUUCGAAGUAAGCAACACUUCUAUUGGAAAUAGACAUUUUGUAAAAGCAUCUGUAAUUCCAAGAACAUCUCUUUUUCUUUCUUUUUUUUUCAGAAUUGGCUGGAAUUUAAACGUUCUUCCUCAUUUACCUUGUUCAGUAUUGAAGCAUGUGGGACUUCUUCAAGGUAAGAAAAUAAUUGAGGGCAGGCUACAAAAAAGUAUAAUUGGUUACCUUUUAAAGCAUGUUAUUUUACAUCAACGGUACAGUUUGUUUGUGCAAAAAUUGUUGCCCGUGACCCAGUUUACUCAGGGCCAGACAAAUUUUUGAACGGCAAACAGUACUUUAAUCUUUAACAUUAUUUGUAAGGUUUCGUGUAAACGGGGUGUGUAAAUAAAAAAUCAUAUCAUUUCUGUGACAACGACUGAAGCCUUUCGUAUGUUUUUUUUUUUUUUGCUUGUUGCAAAUCCGUCUUUUGAUGUUACACAGGUAAAGCAAUCGUUUUGAACAAAAAUUUUGAUUGAUUUAGAUGGAAACUUUUGGCCUUCCCUUAUAAAAUCUUUUCUUUUCUAUCAUUUCGUUUCUUUAUGGUUUUACUUUUAUGGGUCCUCUGUAUAGUUAUUGCUUUAGGAUCAAUGAGGUGCACAAGUGGUUUCUGCAGAUAGCUCUAAACAAAUGUUCGUGUUUAUUUCAGAUGUAACGAUACCCUGGCUUCAGUUUGAUAUGUUGUUCUCUGUAAAGCCGUGGCAGACGCAUCCUCUUGCACUCUACACAGUAGACUAUCUCCACAGUGGCGCUGAGAAAAUCUGGUGAGGAAACCAAAGCCUUUUUUCUUCAGUCAGUACUAGAAAUACAGUAUAUUUCUGUUAAAUUUAAAAAUUUUUGCCCCAGUUCGCCUUAAAGAUGAAAACAAUGGUUUUUCUUUUUUUGCAAGGCGGGGCCUAAAUCACCUGAAUGUGCAAUUACCGUAAGCGGCCACUUAUUAGCCCUAGGCUUGUACUUCUUCGUAAGGGGGUUUAGGAGGGCUUAUAAACAGAGGGGCUUCCAUCUGAGGGGGGCUUAUAUUAACCGGAAUAGAAAACGCGAUUCCAAACAAGUUACAGCUGUGCUGAUAAAAAUACGUUUUGCUAGUAUAUCAAACUCAUUUCAAUACAUUUGGAGGGGACUUAUAUUCAGUGGAGCUUAUAACUGGCAAUUUGCGGUAUUAUUCUGUGAAGAAAUGUGUCCAAACUGAUUGCCUGUUGUUUAAUUGUAUCUUAGGUACAGCAUUCCUGUAGGGGAAAGAAAGAACCUCGCCUCUUUUUACGGACACGAUGUUGAAUCUGCGGGAACAUCACUUGCGGAUAAGAUGGUAAGUAUUACUUGCCCCCCAACUGAGAUUAGCCUCUCCUUACAGAAUGUUUUCCCUCAUCUUAACAGUUGCGACAGGCUACUUAAGGAGCUAUGUCACACUAUUUCUCUUCUUUUUGAAAAGCUAAAGCUGUUCCUUGCAUCAAUUGAAUUCCAAAAAUAACGGCCCAGUCUUAUUGUUUAAGACUAUAUUUCGGCAUUGAAACUGUUUCAUGAAGGCUCUAGCCUGCGAGCAAGCUCUCCAUUCGGGGGAUAUCGUGAAAAGUAGACGCGCGAGAGGCACGCAGCAUGUUUGGAGAGCAUGGUAUAAUGGCUCAUAUAUCACGAUGGCAAAGCCAAUCAGAGCUCUAGAAUUGCAUUAUCCAAUGAUUCAGUUUUAAAUGAAAUAUGUUAUCAUGAUAUACCAUGUAUCAUAUCAUAUAAUAUGUUACAUCAGGCUUUCAACCAGCAUUGUAAACUGGGCAUUCAGGAGGCAUGUUUUGUCAUAAAAUUGUGGGAGAUUAAACGAAUUUUUCUCGAGUAUCUUCUAAAAGUUGGCGUCCACAAAGGCCUUGACUUCCUCCUAGCUAAAACCUUGCUGUCCUUUUAGCUGUAGAAUGUUCUGUGAAUUCUAUGCUCUCGUUAUGAUUAAAUAUUUACUCUGGUGUUCGUCAGGUCUCUCCCAGCAGCCUAAGUGACGGUGGUGUUGCGGUUACUAGAGUGGUGCAGAAAGUAGGACACUUCGUGAUCGUCUUUCCUGAAGUAAGCACUAAGCCUGUCUUUACAUAUAUGCACCGCCCACCCCCUGUUGAUCUCUUUUUAUAGUCGUUUCAGUCUUCCUCUGUUUUAACUUCGUUCCAAGGCUCUAUCUUCUUCCUCUGUCUCUCUCUCACUCGCUCCAGGGGAGGGAAGGGAAGAAACGAGAGCCUGGGAACGAGAUUGCCUCUGCUUUCAAAAUGAAAGUUGGAGGCACCACAUCCAGGAAGCUAAUAUCUUGCGCUCGUCUUUUGGACGAUUGUGUCCACACGGCAGACUAAAUACAUCCUUAGUAUAUAACGUAAGAUCUCCUCAGUCAUGUUUGCUAGAGCAUAAGUUAGGUUUGGAAAAUUACGCCGCAGUAUCUCGAGUUUAUUUGCGAGUAAUCUUGUGCAACGUUAGGUGCCUGGGGCUCGUUUCUCUUUAGUCUUGGUAAUUCCCGAAUGCCGAAAGCUGUUUUGUUUUCAUUUUAGAUCGAGGUUUCAAUAAUGGUCACUAUAAUUAUGCUACAAGUAUCGGUUAACAAAACAAAAAUUGACUGGUUUGUUAGGUAGCGCCCGCGCUUUUAAUCUUUAGAUUAUGAUUGUGAAAUAUGGCUUUGGGCCCGAAAAGUUACCGCUUCUUUUGAGAAACUGGGCCCUGAUUCGGUUUCUGUCCAGGGGAAUUGAUCUAAUUUGCCAGACCUCAAACGGACAGCUAUGAAUCGUCGUGUGCAUUAAUAGCGUAAUGAAUGUUUGCAGGCAUAUUACAGCAGCGUUAGUUGUGGGUAUUCUGUUUCUGAAGCUGUGGCUUUUGCUCCUUCUGACUGGUUGCUGUUUGGUUGUAAAAGAUACAAGGUAAGAGCGUUUCUCCUCUUUUUUUUUAUUUUCCUUUUUCAGUAUUGGCCAUUUUAAAGUCACGCGUGUAACUGGGUUGGUUUUGUGUCGAACUGCACUAUGGGACCAUUUUGGGAAGGGUCUCUCUUCUUUCAUUUGUUUUUCGAGGUUGCACAGGAAAAGGGGUCAAAAUCGGCCUUACAGCACACAACACAGACCCAGUCUCAAAGUGGCCAAUACGAAUCCUUGCCUUGUCGUUACUGCUUAAGCUACUUGGCAAGCAACUUUUAAGGCCUACGAAGUGUUCAUUCAUUCAUUUUAGCUCUUAUGAUUUUGAAAUGGUUGCGUCGUUUACUUCUGUCUUAAACUGUCACGCUUAAACCGGCGUCAAGGGUAUGUCUUAGAGAGGUGUCCGCUUCAUAGAAAGUUUGGGUAAACUGACUAAAGUAAUCAUAAUAUCUAUAGAGCAUUUAGAGAUGAGAUCUCCGAUGAUGUUUGUCGCGUGUUUUUGAAAAUCACAGCUAUGUGGCAACAGGUACCACUUAGCCAUCUUUUUGCCGUAGCUAGCUCACGGAAUGUUACUCCUGAUAUGCGUCCCUUACGCGGGAAGUGAUGUAAACGAAAUCUGAAGAUCGUGUGAAAAGGUACCGCGUUUUAGAAGAAGUCUUUUCUUUUUUGAAGGAUUUGCGGGAGUCAUCUUGGUGGAGCGAUUUUAAUUAUGACGGAUUGUUACUUGGCAUGGCUGAAGAGGUAAGCAGAUAACAAGUCACGGCUUUAGAUAUUCACACUAUAAGUAAGAUAUGGGUUAUAGGCUCAAAGGUGAGUUAGAACCAGCUUUUAUAUAUACCUCACAAUAACAAGUUAUGUAUGAAAGUACUGCUAAAAAGAUUUCAUUAGAACGACCACACCUUAGAUUUUGGUCUGCAGAGUCAAAGGCUAAAACUUGUUAUAACCAGUGCGAGCGAGAUCGAUGCGUCAGAACGCUCGUGCUCCAGCGCUGUACUUUGUGGUAGAAGGUCAGCACGCGCGUGAUCAGAUUACGAGUGAUAGAAGGUCCAAACAAGCGUGAUUAGAUUGCGUUCUAUAAAUUCCAAUCGUUCUUAGUGGAAAUCCGUACUAAAGCUGGCUGAAAUAUGUGCCGCGCAUGUGUAAUAGCAACUUGGAAAUUAGUAUUGCGGUCUCCUCUAGUCGCCUGCACUCAGCGUAUGUAGCCUAAUAAACAAUGCCUAGUGAAAAUACUCAAACCAUAGGCUUUAGUCCACAAACAAAAGUUUUAGUUUUAUAGUACUCUGUGAGGGAAGGUUUGAUUUACAAACAUUUUGUGUUGUUGCUUGGGAACUUUUUAACCAUGAGGAUUAUUAUUUAUCGCAGCAUGGUCAACACGCGGGAUGGAUAGUGACAUUCCGACAUGUUUUGCUAUAGCGAUAGACAUAUUCUUCAAACUUCUUCAUAUGUAGUUCACUUUUGUCGGUUUUGACUUUUCGGGCAGCCAGUGUUUAGCCUGGGACUAGGCUCCGUAGUGGGGGGAAGCAAAACACGGCGUUAAACGGCAAAGCGAAGCGAGUCGAACCGCUCGGCUCGCCUCGCUGCCCGAUUUUUUUUCGCCUUGGGAGCCUGGUCCCAGGCUACCUAGAGUUCGUGUUGGCCAUUUUUCAGUACUUAUUUCCCAUCCCAAAGGAGCUGGCCUUAUAAAGAAUUGACUGUAUGUCAUUCUCUGAACAGUUAUUGUCAUAUCUUCUUUUGCUAGCUAAAUGAUGAGACACAAGAGGUUGUUCAGUGUUUACUGGCAGAGCUUAAAAAAAUUCGGUAAUUUUGUACUUUUUUACUUUUUGUUAUGAUUUUUUUCUGUUUUUUUUAUAUUUAUAUUUAUAUUUUUAUUAUAUUUUUAUUUUUGCAACUUGGGUAAUCUUUAAUGGCGUGUGUUGGCUCAUUUUACAUUUUUUUUUUUCUUACUGAAAAUUGUCGUUGUAUUUCUCCAAAGGGACGAAGAGAAAUUCUAUAUGACCCGGCUUCUUGAACUGGGUUUGGUGGAAACAGUUGACAAGAAAAUCAUAACCUCCGGAUCACCUUCAGGUAAAUCUUACUGUCUCUCUUCCCCUUUUCCUCACUCCCUGGGGAGGUGGAACGCGUCUGGUUUAAACAAGCUGCACCGUGGCUGGAUAGUUUGUCACUUGCUCAUCCUGUUGUCAAGCGGUGACUGUACUUAUAGGUGGAUGUGCAACUAAAGCUUCUCCCCUCCCGUAAGUUUCCUGUACCCCCAACCAGUAAGGUUCGUCACUGGUGAACAUGUGAAAUGGUUAUCCGGUUCUUUCUGUUUCAGGAAAGAAGGGCAAAAAAUCUCUAACAAGCUGGACUCAGGCUGACUCAAGUUGUGUACUUUACUGUGAAGAAUGUGAUCGAGUUUGUUAUCUGUCAGCGGUGAGUUUGUACUUCCCACCCACCCACCCACCCACCCGCCUUCUACGACAGUCAAACCUCUGAAUUGUUUUCGUUUUAUGUAGUGCGAUUUUAGUAAUUUACUUCUACAUGGAAAAAUGGGGAGAAAUGUCUUCGACAAUUAAGAGGCUGUCCGCGUAAGAACCGAUAAGGCAAAUUUUGGUCUAUCACGGAUUGCCCUGAUUUUUUCAGUGGAAGAUAACUAUCCUAUCCCAUGAAGAAAUAUCACAUUUAUUUGGACCAACCCAAUUUUUUCUCUAUUUUACAGAGAGAUUUUCUAGGUCACCUAAAACUAGCCAGUUUGUAGUCGGAAAUGGUGCGAUUUUGGUGAAACUUUAGGGCUCUUGAAAACCUACCUUACAGAGCCGAAUAAGCUGAUUAUUUUACACACAAAAGUUUUAACUCUGGUUAAUAGUUUCAAGGUUUAAUGGUUGCAUUCUGUGGAAAUUGAGCUGAGAUAUGAUUUUUUUAAAAUGACCUUUAAUUUGCUUAUCGGGAAAAUUAAUUUGCAUAACUAGAGCUGAACGGUAAUUUCGCAAAAGUGGCACCUGACCCAGACUCAGGUCUAUGAUAAAACAGAAGUACUAAGACCAGUCUACUUCUUAGUGCAAUAAAAUUUGUGGGCACUCUUCUUUGCGUGCUGUACAAAGUUCCGUUAAUGUUCCAAAAUUCGCCAUUUUGACAGAAAAGCUGGAAUUGUAACGGUCUGCAUCUGGUCGACUAAUUUCCACAGCUUUAACGUUUCUAGUUAUCACUAACUGUCAUUAGACCCUUUAAAUGUUGGACUUUCGAAAACAUGUGGAGAAAACUUAGUAAUUGCUUUUUGUUGGGUUUUUUUCUUGUCGACGAUGAACGUGACUUCACUUUCCGUAUGCAAAUUAGCCUUAGAUGCGUCGUUUCAACAACUUGACAUGAAAGAUAAUCCUUACAUUUCACAUUUCUAAGGGGAAAAAUAACUCUCCUUUCCACAGAAAAACACGAACCAUCACUUAGAAUCCCCUUAAGGUUUUUUUUUUUGUUUGUUUGUUUUUUUUUUAACGAGGAAGAAGCAGCUGAAUAAUAUAUCAUGAUCGAUAAAUGUUUGCGUGGCUUAAAAUAAUUCAAUUACUGUGGCCUGUCACGCAUUCCUAAAGAGGGGCGGUCGAUUAGAAAACAAUAGCGUUGUAUCGAUCAAUUUUAUUAUAUUAUCAUCUUUUUUAAAAUUAUAGUUAUUGAUAAUAAUAAAAGAUAAGAGUUAACAUGGUUAACUUGCAAGGUAAGUCCUCUUGUCAGCACAAUAAAAUUUGUGGGCACUCUUUUUUGCUUAUAAGAUCUUUGUACACGGCACUAUGAUAAAAACAAAAUGCCCACACUUUUUCUAUCUUAAAAAGUUUUUUUUUAAGAGAAAAUCCAUGUAUAGCUUUGCAAAAGGCAAAUUAGCUGUAAAUUUCAGAUUCAUUCAAAGAUCUUUAAAGCGUUUAUCGGUAGCAGAAUGAAACGAGAAAAAUAGUUUCUUUUUUCAGUGAAUAUACGCAAAAGGGAUUAUGUCAGUUUUUAGUUUUUGUUGCGGUAUAACAUCCGUAUUCCCAAGAUGAUCUUGUUUUGGUUUCAAUCUAAUUGAAUUAUAAUGCAACAGGUGCCAGUUUCAAAUAUAAUUAUGUCAAUGAAAUCGCCGAAGAGAUCAAUUGUGAAAAAUGGCUUAUUCGUCUAUUUCAUAUGAUCAAGCUGUUCUUUCCGUGUGGUCCCAUUAGGGGUGUGGAGGGAAAUGUGUUGGUCGCAGAGUGCAUGAAUGAUAUUACGUCUCACUUAGCCAGCUGUCACUUGUCUAAGUGUAGCAAAGUCAAAGACUGAAUGAAUUCACUUUAGCGAGAGUAGAGGUUUGGUAGGUAUUCGGAACUGAAAUUGUACAGACCCCCCUCCCCUUAGGAAAAAUCGGAGAAGGGGCCCCUUCUCCGAAGGGGUGGGGGGGCGGUGUGUACACAGGCUAACACUAAAAUGACAAUCGGUCCAAGGCACAGACACCUACUUGGCAGGUUUUUUGCGAGCGCCAAGGUCUUGGUAGGCUCAAUUGUAGGCCGCUGUGCUGGAAAAUGAGCCCCCAAGGGACCUGGAGACGGCGGAAAUCGAGCCUAAGGUCUUGUCAAUACCCCGGUCAAACUCUGGAUCAUACUGGCGAAAAAAACUACUGUGGAAAUAAUAACUACUGAGCGAAAUAAUUCAAAGUUUUGCUGCAUCAUGUAAGUAUCAUUCUUUUUUCUUCUUCAUGCAAAAAAAUUUGCAAAGGUACAGAGAUAUUCUAAUUUCUCAAUUUAACAUUUUAUCUUGCGAUUUUUUCUGAUGUUCGUUUCCAGUUUACUUGAGCUUGCAAAGAUAGUUUAUUUAUUUCUAUUUUUUGACAGCCGUGUAUCUUGCCCUAAUCAAUUCUUACCUUUAAAAUACUCUACAUAAAGGUUAAUCGUGUGUUGUAAAAGAUAGUUUUCUGGUGAUUGUUUGAAGAGCAUUAUAAAUGGGAAAAAAAGAAAGAACUUUCUACACGGAGUCAGGAUUCAACCUCAUCCUCAGGGCUUUCCCGCCCCUGCCAUUUUCUAAGAGGAAUGUCCUGGGGACGUGUAUAAAAAGUGUUUCAUUCUUGCAAUAUAUUUUUUUUUUUUUAACUGAAGGCCAUCCCAAUUUAAUGCUUCGUUUUCCCAUCGCCCGACCGACCCAUUUGUUUGGAAAAGUAAAAAAAAAACCAAAUUCCAGAAUCACUUGUAAAGAAGCAAGUACUUUAAUGUACAAGGGCACGAUCUUGUCUUAUUAACACCAAUUAUCUGAAAUUAUCAUCGAUACUUCUCUUUUGUAGCCUUUUAGACAUUAGAUAGUCCUGUUAAUAUACAUCUUUUACCAUCUGAUUUUAUCUUGCAGACUAAACGUGAGAUUUAAUAUGCAAUCAUGUGUUCAUUCUUUUUUUUGUUUCCUUUUUUUUUUGCCCGGCCGACCGACCCACCUUCACGAGAGGGAGGGCGAUGGGAAACGAAACAUUUUAUUGGGAUCGCCUAAUAAACAGUGUUUAAAACAUGUCUCUGGUUUUGUAACAGUUAGUGAGACUUAAAAGUACCAGAAUGUUCAGUUCAACUUUAUAUAGCCGAUUUGCUCCUCCUGUCGCAAGAAACGUGAAAAAACUUGACGCCAAAGGGUCGAGAAGAGUACGAUUGAGCAGUCAGUAACCAUGUCCACACCUUUGCCGGAGAGGUUUAUUGGACAAGAUUUUUCUGUUUUUCUUGUUUUGAUAACGUUUUUAUUAAGUCUUCAAAAAUGCCUCCAGAUUGCUGGGUUUUUUUUGUAUUUAUACCCUCUUGAACAAUGUGCUCCAUCAAAGUGCUCCUCCCAUCUCUCCAUUUUUAACCUACUUUACCAUCCACCCUCUCUCCCCCCGGUUCCACCUGUACUUUUACAAGCAUUUAUACUUAAAGGGGUGAAAUUUCUCCUGUGUAUAUUAAUUUCUGAAAAAUUACGUCCUUCUACUUUUUCCUUAAAUUCUUAAACUUUGUUCCUUUUUCUUUAAGAACCGCCAAAGAUGCUGCUAAGGCUGCAAUAAGCGCACUCGCCCUUUCAUAUACUUCAUCUAGUGAAAUGCCUACCCUUUCAUAUACCUGAAGCCUGAAAAAGAUACUCCUUUCGGGCGAAGCCUCCCCGUUUAGGUCUAUUUUUCGGAGACAUAUCUCAUGAAAAGUGCUGAAAAUAGCAUUUCGGAGCCUCCAAAUUUGAAAAUUUUGGGGGGGAGGAUAACCCCAGACUCACCUACAAGGCUCGUGCCUUCGGCACUCGCGAUAAUGCCCCCCGUUACAAAAACCCUAGCACCCAGUAAAGAAUCGGAAUAAACAGUGAUUAAAUUGUAUGAUUAUCAAUAACUAUCACUUCAAAAAAGAUAUAAUAAGAUAUAAGAACUGAUCGAUAUACGGUCACUCUGGGGGAAUGCGUGACGGGCCACAGAAAUUAAAUUAUUUUAAUUCGCGUAAACAUAUCUUCUUCUGCUGCUUCUUCCUCGUAAAAGAAACAGACCUAAGGGGAUUCUAAGUCAUAUAUCGUUCGUGUUUUUCCGUGAAAAGAAGAAAUACUUUUCCCUUAAAAAUACAAAAUACAAGUAUUAUGUUUCCUGUCAAUUUGUAGAAACGACGCAUCUAAGGCUAAUUUGCAUACGGAGAAUGAAGUCAAGUUCAUCGUUGACAAGAAAAAAAACGAAGAAAAAGCGAUUACCAAGUUUUCUUUACAUGUUUUCGAAAGUUCAACACAUUUAAAGGGUCUAAUGACAUUUGGUGAUAACUAGAAACGUUAAAGCUGUGGAAAUUAGUCGAUCCGAUGCAGACCGUUACAAUUCCAGCUUUGCUGUCAAAAUGGCGAAUUUUGGAACAUUAACGGAACUUUGUACAGCACACAAAGAAGAGUGCCCACAAAUUUUAUUGCACUAAGAAGUAGACUGGUCUUAGUACUUCUGUUUUAUCAUAGACUUGAAUCUGGGUCAGGUGCCACUUUUGCGAAAUUACGGUUCAACUCUAGUUAUGCAAAUUACUUUUCCUUCUGAGCAAAUUAAAGGUCAUUUUAAAAAAAUCAUAUCUCAGCCAACUUUUCACAGAAUGCAACCAUUAAACCUUGAAACUAUUAACCAGAGUUAAAACUUUUGUGUGUAAAAUAAUCAGGUUAUUCGGCUUUGUAAGGUAGGUUUGACAGAGCCCUAAAGUUUCACCAAAAUCGCACCAAUUCCGAAGGCAAACUGGCCAGUUUUAGGUGACCGAGAAAAUCUUCUUGUAAUAUAGAGAAAAAAUUGAGUUGGUCCAAAUAAAUGUGAUAUUUCUUCAUGGGAUAGGAUAGUUAUCUUCCACUGAAAAAAUCAGGGCAAUCCGUGAUAGACCGAAAUUUGCCUUAUCGGUUCUUACGCGGACAGCCUCUUAAUUAUUGUCACUAUCUUUUCGUUAGUUUUUUCUCUUAUUUUAAUGACCUUUUUGUCUUUGCAAAUGCUUCGCGCCUAACAAAGCGUAUGUUAACAGUCACAUCAACAGUCACACAGUUUCAGUUUUCAAACACUUAGACAAUAAACGAAACGACCUGAAAUCAGCCAACGGGAAAACUCGGACCUCUAAGGGGCAUUCUCUCUAGGGAGCUAUAUAAGUUGAUUAAAACCGUUGCGGUCUCCACAGGAAUACUCCUUUUUCGUACUUUAAGUUACCGCUGAAUACAUACACCAAUGGCGCAUUGGUCACCGGUCAUGGCAAUCUCGAAAAUGUUCUUUAGAGGCGUAAAAUAAGACCCACGUUAUAUGUUUCAGUUCUUUGAUCUGGGUCUCUAGAGAACAGUCUCUGGUCUCUGUGUUUACCUUGAACUUCACAAUCUCUUAUGAAAUAAUUCCAUGAAUUUUCUUGGAAUUGAAUCUUGAAAAAUAAAUUCUCGUCUCAAAAGGUCUCUAAUUUUUAGUAUUGUAGCUUUCGACUGAAUCCCAUGGUCUCCAUCAGCAAUGAACUCUCAGUGUUGUCUCGUGAACUAGUCAUGUAAUGUAAGUCGUUAAAAAUCCCCGGAAGUUCAUAACCCCCAUCUCUUUUUAGGACUGGGCGCGGGCGUCUGUUAUGGAUGGCCUCCUUGAUUUUUCUUAUAAUGUCCACCGUCUCCUGGUCAAGGAUCUUGGCCCCCCACUCCCCUCCCAUAGCUUUUGACUGGUAUUGUCAUCCUCUUCUCUCUCCAUGAGAGUUUAAAUAAUUAGAUUUUUUUUCUUGCUUUUGUACAACUUAUAGCAAAACAAUAAACUGAACUGAACUGAACUGAGCCCUAGCUGUCUCUCCUAAAAUCUCAGACUGGAAUUUAUAUUUCAGAUGGUAUGAAAGACUUUUGAAUUGAACAUUUUCACUCGGUUCUUGUUCUACAGGUAAUAGGUGAGGAUGAACCGCAGGUGCUGUGUCUCAAACACGCUGUUCAAUAUAUAACAGACAACGCCUCGCCAAAAGGCUUCAAAAUAAUGAGCAGAUAUGAUACAGUAAGUGGCUGAUGACUGAAAAUAAAUUAAAUAUAUAAAAAAAACAGAAGACGCAUCUGGGCUGUUUCCUCUAAGUUCCUGUCUAAAAUAUCCGAUGUAUCUGUGCCUUUCCUCGGUCAAGAGCUAACACCUCUGUCAUCUGCUAAGGACCUAGGCGUCAUACUUGACUCAAACUUGACUUUUAAUGAGCACGUUUCUUCACCUCACUUCUCCCUUUUAUCUACCUUAUAUCAAAUAAAAAGAGUCCGGUAUUUUUUUUUCUAGAGAUGUAUUGUACAUAAUCCUAACUUACUAGUCUUCAGUAAACUAUUCAUUUGCUCAACGGUAUGGUCCGGGACUUCAAACGAGAAUAUUCACAAACUACAGCUGUUGCAAAAUUUUGCUGUCCGUAUUUUAACGAAUACUAAGAAAUUUGAUCAUAUUUCACAUGUUCUGAAUGAACUCGGUUGGCUCACCAUUGAUUAGCCUGCGUAGCAAGGGUUUCCAAUCGCGUUAUUGCGCGAAAGUUAGAGCGAGAGCAAAAAAAAUGGAAGGAGUAAGGGGAGGGGAGAAGAGGAACUUCAUUCUCUCCCUUCCCACUCCCCCGUCAUUCCUUUUUUUUUUUGUCUCGCCCCAACUUUCCCGAUGAACUCGCGCGGAAACGCUCGCUACGUAGGCUAACCAUUAACGAACUUCUGGACUUGCGUGACGUAACUAUGAUUUAUAAAUUCAUUAACAGUCUAGCUCUAACCUUUGUUAGUGCUAGUCUUUUCAAACGUUCUGACACCGAUUCAUAUAACACUAGAAACAAAGACCUCCUCAGUUUUCCCAUGUGUAGGACAUCAGCAUCACACCGUGGCUUCUAUUAUAGAGCACUUAAUAAUCUCUCUGUUGCUAUUAGGAACUCGCAAUCAGUUUCACAGUUCAAAAAGAGCUUGAAAAGAGAAAUGUUGCGAACAAAACAUGAAGUUUGGCUGGAUUUAGUGAUGAUUUUUAGUUAUACUUACCUUAAUGUGAACAAGUUAUUGUAAUAUGUAUUUUAAUAAGAAUAGGAUUAGAUAUAUUUCAAAUUAUAUACAUAUAUUUUUUUUUGCACUCGAUGUAAAUUAAUUCUCAAAAGCCCCAUUGGGAGAAUUAUUAAAUUGUAUUGUAUUGUAAGUUGGUUUGUUCUGGUGAACAAUGAUUUAUUUUGUUGUUGUGAUUAUAAUUGUUAUUAUUAUCAUCAUUGUUAUUAUUAUUAUGUCACAGUAUGAAACUUUGGAAUGCUGUCCACAUUAUGAGUAGUAUAGGGCGCGUAGCGUAACCUACACCACUUGAGAAGCUAUACUUAGAACUAAAAAAAGGUCGAUACGAGACCUAAUACAAUCCUAAAAUACAUAAUGAUAUGAAUCUCUCUACUUAAAAAGCCAAUUUAGAAUAUUAUUAUUAUUAUUAUUAUUAUUAUUAUUGUUAUUAUUAUUGUUAUUAUUAUUAUUAUUAUCUAUUAUUAUUAUUAUUAUUAUUAUUAUUAUUAUUAUUAUUUAUUUAUUUCGUUAUUUUCUUUCAGGAUCAACUAGAUGAACUCGUUAAUAAGGUCGAGGACAAGCUAAAGAACCUUGAACACUGAUCCCAAGGUCAAGUUUUGAGUUCUGUGGUGGAGGAGAGAAUCGGAUAGCGACGUAUUGGGUAUCAGAUCCUGCUGUUUCUUGUAAGGGUUGCCCAAACGAAUCCGCGGGAUUAUAUUUGUUAACCUUGUUGUGUUUGUCUUCCCGUCCCUCACAUGGACAGUCUUUCGCUUCGCCGUUAUUUACCAAGAAGAAAGUUAUUGUCCCCUUUGUUUUGAUGGCGUCUACGCGAGAAAUGGAAAGUCUUGUGAAAUUGUUGCCAAUCUCGAGAAGAUAUGCGCGUCCCUUUCUUUCUUUCUUUCUUUCUUUCCGUUUCCGUCCUUUUUUUCUUUGAAUUCAUGCGCCAACGCGGACUGUACGAUUUUGUUCUGUCCCCGGAGAUGCUUCCCAAAAAGAUAACAACAACAAAAUGAAUCUAAAAAAACGGUCUUCGCAAUUCUCUUUUUCAUCUCUGGACAAAUUGUACAGUUUAGCCUGGGAAAAAGUGAGGAAAUAAACAGCAUAUGUCUCUCGUUUGUGUGCGGUGAAACCGGGGAAGAUCUUGCUCUUCCACAGCUUUCUCCUGAUUUUCUAUUCCGUGCGCAUUUUUUUCACAUCCUGCCCUUUUGAGUUGUUUAGUGGUCUUGUUCACAGUUCAGUUGGUAAGGAAUACGCUUCUACAGUUUUUGGUUGGUGUUUUUGUUCUAUGUAGAGGGAGGUACACACAUACGAUGAAAAUAAGAAUUUUUAUCCGUAUCUAUUACUUUGGAUCCUUGGCGAUCGUAUUGUACUUCAUUUAACAGAGAUACACGCUUACAAUGUAAGAUAAAAGAACAUACACAUUGGGUAAUACCUUUUAUGUACUAUUUAAAAAACGAGCAGGAGUGUAUGAUCAGGUUUAAAAACUCGUGGCGAAGCCGUGAGUUUUUCACCUGAUAACACAAGACUGCGAGCUUUUUGAACGGCUUCAAAAUCUCUGAUAUAGAUGAACUCAUUCUUGCACUAAUAUUUAGAUGUUUUGGUCUAAAAAUUUGGACGUAAAGUUUAGCCGUGUCUUCAUCAGAUGUAACGACACUCAUGAAACAUUAAUUUCUUUUGUUUUUCUGUAUGAAUUAUUAAUGCAUUUUGAACUGACAGUAAAAACGAAGUAUUAUGGAUAGCUUAUAAAUUUAUAAAUUGACAGUAAAAUACAUUAUAUAUAUAUA